AGCCGUUAUUGCUCAAGCGGGUUCAAGCGCCCUCUAAUUGAGGCUGCUCAGGCUCGUGAUUGCCACGGCCAAUCAGGCGGGGAAGAAAACCCUCUCUUGAAUUGGGUAACAUCCACCCCCAUCCAUGACCGUCAAACAUGGCUGGUGGAUCUGAGUGUGAAAGGACGCCUGGGACUUCCCCUUGCGACCUGGAGCUGCCAUGGCCGGCUUCUGCAGCCCGUCUCCCGUGGGGCUCGCCAAGUGGAGCCCCCAGCAGAUCGACUGCUCGACCCGCUCGGAGCUCGACGACGCCGUGUCCUUCGGAGAGGAGGCCUCCACGCCACGGGAUCGGCGCACCGACAAGGUCCGCCUCGUCUUCCAGGGCGAAGAGCGCGGCGUCCCGAGCCUCCACCGCGGCUGGCGCACGCCAGCUACCCCUCGCCGCUGCGGGCGCGGAGCGGGGAGCCCGCGGCGAGGCUGCCGCGCUGCAAGGCGCCCGUGUGGGUGGCGUCGUCGGACGAGGAGUCGGCAGAGUCCCGCGGCUGCAGCCCGGCGCCCUCCGCCUGGUCCCGCAUCCGGACGCCCUCCCCGGACUUCACCUACCGCCCCGCCAAGGACGCCUCGGGUGCAGGGCCGUCGGCAGGUCUUGAUCGCCUGGGAGCCCUACGAGAUCGCCUGCACGCCCUGUGGCGAAGAUGGCUCCGCCGAAGCGCUCACCUGCACGCCCUGCGACGCUGAUGGCACGCUUCCUUCUGCGGGGUCGUUGGGGCACCCGUACACCUGCGCCGAGGCGUGCAAGUAUGCGUCCAGGUCGCGCGGCUGCAAGGACGGCGCCGCCUGCGACCGGUGCCACCUCUGCGAGUGGAAGCGCCGGCCCGCCGCGCCGGCCCCGCCGCCGAUCCGGGCGCCGACCUCGCGCAGGGGCGGAGCCCCCCGGAGGCGCAACCGCUCCCGCGGGCGGUGAGUGCCGUGAGGGGGGGGCUGCCCGGCAGUGCUGCGCCUGCAUAAUCUUGGUCGGUUGAAAAUUAUGUUUGUGAAAUUUGAACAGUCGUUAGAUUGCUUCGCUGCCGC